AAAGUUCCUAUCUGACUGUGCGACUGACUGAACUCUUCCACACAGUGCACACUUCCACACUUUUCCUCAGUCUAGUCUUUUUAAUUAUAAAGCAUAGUCCUCAAUGGAAUCAGCAUGGCAGAGAGUGGAAUCACUGCACCACUGGAUUCUGGAGAAUGGGGAUAAGCGGACGGACCCAUGGCUUCUAAUCUACUCUCCUGUACCGAUCAUCUGUAUAUUUUUGUGCUAUCUUGGUAUUAUUUGGAUUGGACCCAAGCUUAUGAAACACAAGGAACCAAUGAACAUAAAAGCAGUGCUUAUUUUGUACAACUUUGCCAGUGUCGGUUUGUCCAUUUACAUGUUCCAUGAGUUCUUGGUCACAUCUUGGCUGGCAAACUACAGUUAUCUGUGUCAACCUGUGGACUACAGCCCCAGUCCGUUAGGAAUGAGGAUGGCCAGUGUAUGCUGGUGGUUCUUUUUCUCUAAAGUCAUUGAGCUUAGUGAUACAGUCUUUUUUAUCCUAAGAAAAAAGAACAGCCAGCUCACUUUUCUACAUGUGUAUCAUCAUGGAACUAUGAUCUUCAACUGGUGGGCAGGAGUUAAAUUUGUGGCGGGAGGUCAAUCAUUUUUUAUCGGGCUGCUGAACACCUUUGUUCAUAUAGUGAUGUAUUCUUACUAUGGCUUGGCGGCCCUGGGGCCUCACAUGCAGAAAUAUCUGUGGUGGAAGCGCUAUCUCACCUCACUGCAGCUGGUCCAGUUUGUCUUGAUGACUAUUCACACUGGAUACAACCUCUUCACCGAGUGUAAUUUUCCCGAUUCAAUGAAUGCAGUUGUAUUCGCAUACUGCGUCAGCCUCAUUAUACUUUUCAGCAACUUUUACUACCAGAGCUACAUAACCAGGAAGAGCAAGAAGUCUUAACAGCAUUGAUCCACAUAAUGAGCAGGAGGACUCAACUGAUAGACUAAUAUGCCAUUGCUGUUCUCAAUGAAGUCCUGCCUAACCUAUAUUUAGUUAUCAAGACUGAAAUUUUCCUUCAUAUCUAAUUUGGUUUGUAAAUGACUUAUCCAAUAAAGAUGUAACUUUUCUAAUUAUUAAUUUUUGCAUUUUGGAACAUCAGCCGAAAUAAAUUGAACUAUGAAUAAAGUGUCAUUUGAAGUAACUCUAAGAUGGGACAUUAUCGU